GUUUUUUCUCUUGUUUAACCCGUCGUGUCGUUCCUGAACAUCAGUUGGUGCACAUCACAAAAGGCCAUAGCUGAGGAUGCACUGAAUUAAGUAUGAGGAUAUCUGUAUGCAUGGCGAAUAAAUUAAGAUUACUGAAGAUAACCAAUGGAUUUACAUACUCCUCCUGCACACACAGAGAUCCAGAGAAAUGAAACUCAACUCGGAUUUCGCUCACAGAACACUUUAACACUCAUUUUCUAAAAACAUUUUCCUGCUUUGUACAAGAACAAUGGCAACCUCCAGCAGGCCAACCUCCAGGAAAUCUCCCAAGUGCUGUUUGUGCCUUACAAGAUCAGAGAAUGUCAUUACUCUUCCCUGUGCGCACGACUACUGCAGGACCUGCUCCAGCGGCUUGAUGAGUACGUAUGAACGCACAGGGUGGAACAGCUGCCCAGAGUGUUCACAAACCUUCUACACCGAGCCUGAUGGACAUGUGGAUAAAGUUAGGGACGAACUUGUGAAGAUAGAUCUCUGCUCUGAAACCUCUGAAGACACCCUUGCUGGUGCAUCUGUUUCCAUCUCGACUAAGCCUGACCGGGAUAGCACCGUGGACAAACUCAAAAAGACAGCUCUCCACGCGCAGGAAAGUUGCUCGAGCUAUACACAAACCAGGGCAAACUCCAUAACCGGACCUGAGGACGUGCCAUGUGACGCAUGCGCUGAGAGCAGGCAGAAAGCUCUGAAGUCUUGCCUGGUGUGCCAGGCCUCGUACUGUGACACACAUCUCCAGCUGCACAACGACCUCCACGCGCGGGCUGGACACAUACUAGUGGAUGCUACUAAUCAGCUGCAGGCCAUGACAUGCUCUGUACACGGUAAAGUCCUGGAUGUUUACUGCCGCAAAGAGAAACGACGCAUCUGUUACAUGUGCGUGCUGGAGGAUCACAAAGGGCACGACGUGGUGGCUGCAGGACAGGCAGAAAGGGAGGUGUUAAGGAAGUCCAAACUGAUGAUCACAGGGCAGGAGAAGCAGCUAAAGGAGCUUCGCUUGGCUAAAAAUACCCUCAGGUACAUCGCAAAAGCUACAGAGGAGGAGAGUGAGCUUCUUUUCACUGAGCUGAUCCACUCUAUAAAGAGCAGCCAGUCUGAGAUGAAGCUCCUGAUCCGAGCUCAGGAGCGAGCAGAACUGAACCGAAUCGAAGAGCUGAUGGAGCAGGUGGAGGAGGAGAUAACGGAGCUGAAGUGGAGCGAUGCUGAGAUGGAGCAGAAUGACAUCCACUUACUACAGUCAGAGCAAGGCCUCAGUCUCACUUCUGCAAAUGUCUUAAAGAUGACCGUCCAUCCUCAGUUCUCGUUCGGCGAGAUGGUGAAAUCCCUGUCCGCACUAAAGGGGCGGAUAGAUGUCGUCUGGAGGCGUGAAAUUGAGCAAAUAUCAGCAGCAGUGAUGAAGGACAGGAUUGUAGUUCCUACUGAACCGAGGACAAGAAAGGACUUCCUGCAAUAUCUGGUCCCACUGUCUGUGGACCCUGACACAGCCCACCAGAGCCUGAGUAUGUGUGAAGAGAAGGGAGUUGUGUGUAGCACCGAGUGCCAGGCCUAUCCUGACCAGCCUGAACGCUUCGACUGGUGGGCUCAGGUUCUGUGCCGAGAGCCGUUGACUGCACACUGCUACUGGGAGGCAGAGUGGACGGGUUUACACGGAGUGGACAUUGCCGUCUCGUACAGAGACAUCCAGCGGAAAGGAGAUAAUGAUGAAUGCAGCUUUGGGUACAACAAACAGAGCUGGAGUUUGGACUGCGCCAUAGUGAAAUACGCUUUUGCGCACGAUAAAGUGGAAAAGGAAAUCUCAGCACCUGUAUCCCACAGGAUUGGGGUUUAUCUCGACUACAAGGCCGGCGUGCUGUCUUUCUAUAGCGUCUCAGAUUGCAUGACGCUCCUCCACAGAGAAGAGACAAGGUUCACACAGCCUCUGUAUGCCGGUUUUGGACUGUAUGAGGGGUCUACAGUAAGGAUAUGCCAGCCAGACAUAGAGGCAAUGGAGAAGAUACCCGAAGAGUCGUGAGCAGGAUGAGAAUGAACGGAAAGAGGACAUGAAUAAAUGAACAUAAUGGGUUCCCCAAUGGCGCUGGCGUUGCACACGUUGAUCUGGGAUCACUCGUUUGAAGGAUGAAUGGAUUUGCUUGUCAUAAACGAUGAUGCCAUUUUUCACUUGUCAAUCAGAGCAAUGCUAGCAAAUCACAGGACUUCUUUAGGCUCUUUAUAACUGCUCUGGAAUGUUGGUUGUGUUUUUCCUGUUUGACCACAAUAGUAAAGUACAAAAGGGGCCACUCCUAUCAUCAAGGAGAAGCUUCACCUCAACAGUCCAUCAUUUUCAUGUUGAAGGACUCAAUAUACAUGUCUGUGUCCUUUAUUAAAAACAAAACUGCUGUAAUUCAACAUCAGAUUAAAUAUGAUUCAUCUGAA